AUUCACUGCUUGUGCAUGCAACAAAAUAAACCAAAAGCAAAUUCCUAUGCAAGAUCCCCAUCAAUCCAACAGCGUCAUAGACAGCUCGCAGUUCAAAAAAACCUCAAUAUCCGUUGGAUACGUGCAAAGAUGGCGGCCGGAGAGGAAAGUCCUGUGGUUGUGGCAACUGGACCCAAGCUCGUUGCAAUGAUGAGUAACAUAACUAGAGAACUUACUGAAGAAGAGAUCAGAAGAAUCGAACACGAGAAACUUCAUGCCAAGCACAAAGGCCAUGAAGCUAUGCACAUGGAGAUGAUUUUAAUUCUAUUGGCAACCCUUGUUGCAGCCCAGCUUUUGUUGUACAAAUGGAAGCAGCACUACUAUAGGACCUAUCAUCUGGUAACAUUGGUAGGAUUGUGGCUCAUACCACUUUAUUUCAAUAUUAAACUUGGAUGGUUUCGUAUGCUAACAGUUUGGACAAUUUUUUCCUGCAUCACUCUCUAUAUAUUCCGAAAAGCAACAACUUAUCCAUUACAGCCCAGCACUCCAAGGCUUGUCUAUAAAUGGUUCUACAAUAUUCAUCGCAUCACGUAUGGCCUUGGGAUAAUCGGAUAUUUCAUUAUAAUGUCAACGUUUCUUGGACUAAAUCUUCUUUUUUACAUUUCACCCGACACUGCGAUGGGUGCUGGUGUUACGGUAAUUUUCUAUGGCCUAUAUUAUGGUGUGCUUGGUAGGGAUUUCGCUGAAUUCUGUACUGACAAAAUGGCAGCAAAAAUGGGGUACUAUACUGAAAGCAGUUUACCAUCUAAGAGAUUGGCUGCCAAUAUUUGUGCCGUCUGUGGACAAGAACUUGUUAUCGCUAGUAUGGAUGAUAUUGAGGAUGAUCCUCCGGAAAAGACUUAUAAGCUUUCUUGUGGCCAUUUAUUUCACGAGUUUUGUAUCAGAGGUUGGUGCAUUGUUGGCAAGAAACAGACAUGCCCAUAUUGCAAGGAAAAAGUCGAUUUAAAAAGAAUGUUUAAAAAUCCAUGGGAAAGGCCACACGUCUUGUUUGGUCAACUCCUUGAUUGGCUACGGUAUCUUGUCGUUUGGCAGCCUGUGAUCAUCAUAAUUGUGCAAGCCAUCAACUAUAUUCUAGGACUAGAGUAACUGCUUAAAAUUAAUUGAUUAGAUAUUCGAAUUACAGCAAAUGUUUUUGAUAACCUGUAUUAUCGUGAUGUUUUUAGCAAGUUGUUUGUGGUAGCAAGAAAAACUAGGUUUAAAAUGUUCUUUGUGGCAGCAAGAAAGGCUCGUUGACUCCAUGGAAACUCGUGCUUUGCGUGAAUUCCGCACACCUUUUAGGUUUUGUCAGCCUAUACCUAACCUUAUCCUGAUAUUUUUGCUUUUUACAGAUCCUCUUGAUUCUGGCCUCGUUGGGCUCCGCUAUUAUGUCAAUCAGUUGAUAGAAACUUUUCAGCUUAAACGCCAAAAUCUAGAGAAUAUCCAGCUUGUCGAUAGGCGAUAUUGUAUGGUACUAGAAAUGCCGUUCACCCAAUAACUUUUCAAAAAUUUCUUUGCUCACGCGACCAUAGUCUCUGGCCUUGUCUCACCAUUCUGCAUAAUUUUUGGCUCUGUUGCACGAAAUUAAUUUUUUUGGGGUGUUUCAGGAAGGCACUUUUUCAGCCCGGAAAUUUAACCUCUGCUCUUAUAAGUUAACCAAAACCUUAGUUGGCCAACCGUUGAAAAACCUGAAUUCUUAUCCAAAAAACAAGUGCCAAAAUUGACUAUUUUUAGAGGAUACACAAUAAAAAAAUUUAAACUUUAUUAGGAAUGGUCCAAAACUUUUCAAAUCAAAGUAUGUAUUCUCCUCUACUUGAUUCUUUCUCAAAAAAAUUAUUCCUUUAUAUCCCAGAACCAUCUAUGUUUAGUUUCAUUAUUAUUCGACUCCUCAGGGCUUUUAUCAAGUCUAACUUAUUCAUUCUGAAAGAAAUCAAACCAAAGACAGGAUUUAUUAAAAAGUACACCUUGAACCAAAAUAUGUAAACAACGUGUGAUUAUUUCGGAAAGAAUAGAGUAUAAUUUACAUGAUGCUAGAACAUAAUUUAAGAUUGUUUUAAUAAAUCCCUUUGUAAUGUUGCCUGUUGAAAAUACUUUCUGGGGCACCAACAACGUGGAAUCUGUAGAAAAUGGUUUUGAUCACAAUGUCCGUACCCGUGCUUUGCUGAGCGACAAAUCUGCGUCGAUUAGAACUCGCGCUCUUAAGGUGACGUCGGCGGUGGAAGAAAGGUGUCUUUAAACAAGGAAUUUCGCUUUGAAAAAAGAACGAGGCCCCUUAAGAAAGAGUUUUCCAAAAACAAUCGCUAGAACUUCUUUCGUAUAUCAAAUAUGUAGAAGAAGGCGCUGAGAUAACAAAAUGUUUGUCAAUGGCUUUUUGCAGUGCAAUAUUCAGGAUGCCUAAAAUUACAGUCUAUACUACGUUUAUUUUUGUUAGUAACACCUUUCUGUAAUGAAUUUAUUUAGGAUAUUGUUUGAGCUUUUUCUUGUAAAGUACGCCUUAACUAAAUUGUGCAAAAAAGGAAAAUUCCUUAUUGAAAUUCCACUCUAACAGCUUAAAUAUUAUAUAGUUAUUGAUGCGAUGUAUUGAGAUACUCAAUGAAAAUUAACUUGUUCUUUGUAAUCAUAGAUUGUCUUAAAUCGAAACUAGAGUUCAUUGCUCUCUCAAAAUGUUUCAAAUGAAAAUUGUUCAGUAUCA